AUGCCCCGCACUUCCUCAAUCGACUCUGCGAUAUCAUCUCUCUCUUCAGCCUCGCAACCCCAUAAAUCUUCAUUCGAUGCUACAGCUCUAAGCCAAGCUGAUAUAGAGAAUCUUAUCGCCACUGCAGGGUCAGCCGAAGCAGUAAUCAUACAUCUUCUGAAAGAGAAGCAUCAUGCAGCAUCUCAAAAUUCGCAGCUUUGGAGGUUGGUCGAUAAACAGAGGACGCUUAUACUUGGGUUAAAUAAAGAUCUUGAGCGUUCUUUGAAAGAGAAAGAGCGAUAUAGGAAGAAGCUGAAGGAGUUACAAAGUUCAUCGCCAUCUUUACCAUCGAAUAACGAGCAACACUUACAGCAUAAAACUACCGAAAUUGAAGAUACAACCCUUAAACAAGCGAUUUCUGGGCAAAGGGACUCACAGCCUCAAGGCGUAUCUCCAUAUAGUCCCAAUUCUAGCGGGCGAGACCAAUCCUCGAGCACUAUCCGAUCCCAGAACGUGGUCGUGGGCGGUUUACCGGACAAUCUGACCAAGAACUCUUCAACAGGUCAUACAGGCGAGUUAGAUCGGCGAUUAGGUUCGCAACAACCCCCGCCGUUAGGAUAUUCUCGGCAAGAGUUAGCGACUGCGAGUCCAAGCUCGUUAGCAAGCUCUAGCUCCCCUGUUAGUGAUACGGUGUCGGGUGAAGAUAAACAACAGAGAGUUCCCCAUCCAGUGCGAAAGCCUCCGCCUGCACCUUUGAAUCUGGGCCAAGGAGAACGCGCGAUAUUGGACCAUCCAGAGGUAUACGACUCGGAAUCCGAGUAUGAGGAUAUUUUGACAGUGGAUGAACUGCCCAUGGAGCGGGGACGGAGAAAAACACGAGAUGAUGAUGACCGAGAACGCGAAGCUGCCCUGGCAAGAGAGAGAAUCGCUUUUGGCUCUUCAGAGGACGAGUCGUUGCAAUCAAUGAUGACCCCUGCGAAUGACUUGCAGCAGCAAACAGCACCAAUCAGCGAGAAAUCUGAGUCUUCAACCCCUUUGAGCCCUCGCUUGACUCUCGGCGAUCUCCCCGUCAUUAGGGCCCCGAAGAGCCCUGGCUUGCCUAUCAGUCCACGGCCUGAGGAUCGCCCCCCAAACUCUCCUUUACCUCGAUUACCCAGAGAAAUGAUCAACAUGGCCCCGCAGAUGGUGUCAGGAAGUAGCCUUUCGGGAUUAGCUAUAUCUCCUCAUAUCAGCAAGUAUCAAACCCCCCUUAGCGCUGCACACCCCAGCUUUCCAAAUGACAUUGCGGGUCGGUCAAUCGACGCUGCUGUUGGGUUCGAUAGUUCUAGAUUCACAGUGGCAAAACCAAAUGGUAUCUAUCAAGGACUAGUUUCAGAGGACUACCCAGGCCUUUUACUAUCUCCUAAUGCGCUGCCGUUGAUUCUAGUUAAAGUGUCGUCAUCGCGACUCCGUCCCUCGCGAAACAGCUACUUGGCGUCUAGGCCUUCAGAGGAGGAGCCUGUUUUCACACUCAGCAUCCUUUUACGAUCCGAAAACUUGGAACUCUGGCGUGUUGAAAAGGUCAUCGCGGCCCUUCCACAUCUCGAUCACCAAGUAAAACAGUUAUCUAGUUUCGCUGGAAAGCUACCAGACCGAUCCAUCUUCAGUGGACAUUCCCCGGCCAAGGUGGAUUCGAGGCGAGCCGCGCUAAAUUUUUACUUCGAAUCCCUUCUCGAUACUCCUAUUAACGAACAGGCGGCUCUGGUUAUCUGCCAGUUUCUCACGUCCGAUGCCAUUGAGCCACGAGACGAUGAAACAAGCUUGAUAAAAGGUUAUCAACAGCCUAGUUCUGACAUUCUACGUGGCCCCGAUGGAAAGCCCAGAAAAGAAGGCUACUUGACAAAAAGAGGCAAGAAUUUUGGCGGUUGGAAGGCUCGGUAUUUCGUUUUGCGUGGCCCAGAGUUAAAAUACUUUGAAUCGCCAGGCGGCCCUCACCUUGGAACCAUCAAAAUCUACAACGCUCAAAUUGGCAAACAGUCGCAGAGCGCAAAUGGCCAAUAUAGCUCUCCUGCACGAGGCGAAGAUGACAACGAUAAUCAAUAUCGCCACGCUUUCCUCAUCUUGGAACCCAAGAAAAAGGAUUCUUCGGCUCUUGUGCGACAUGUUUUAUGCGCUGAGAGUGACGAGGAGAGAGAUUCUUGGGUGGAGGCACUCUUGGAAUAUGUAGAAGGGCUUUCCGAGAACGAAGGUUCCAAUAAUGGAUCAUCCAAUACCCAAACACAGGUCGCUGGAACUCAGCUGGCCAACACGACGGUCGAACCCGAAAUGCCCUCAAACGGAAACAAGAAUUACAGAGUAGCCGACACUCCGGAUCCUGAAGGUACCGAUAUAGUUCAAGGGUUCAGUUAUGAGGAUGCCGUUCCUGCUGAACCUCCAGUAUUUGGGCCACCUUUCGAGCAACAGGGAUUCAUGUCACCCGCUUCCCCCCAGAUUUCAUCAACUGAUCCUACCGAUUCAACCCAAGCAACAAAUCAUUUGGUGGACCCUGGCCAGCUAUCGUCUAGGAUCAUAUCUGGGCCGACUAAUGGGGCGGUAAUCCAAGACGCGGGAGCGUGGGGUAAUAAGUCAGCUAGCAGUACUAAAGAGAAAAAACGCAGCAUUUGGGGAUUCCGCACGAGAUCGUCAGUAGACCUUGCUUCGCAGCUACAAGCAAGUUAUGACUCUUCGUCAAUUCAGUCAACUCAGCCCCAUGGUAUUACCCCAGGUGAUAGGAGAGACCUUGUCAGACCGGUCUUUGGGAUUCCAUUAGUGGAGGCAGUACAGUUCUGCGCGCCGCAAAGUGUUGACGUUGAUUUACCUGCUGUAGUCUACCGUUGCAUCGAGUAUUUGAAGGCCAAGGGUGCAGAAUCAGAGGAAGGGAUAUUUCGGUUAAGCGGGUCAAAUAUCGUCGUUAAAGCGCUGAAAGAACGGUUUAAUACUGAGGGAGAUGUUGACUUCCUCGCCGACGAUCAGUACUACGAUGUACAUGCCGUGGCCUCGCUGUUCAAACAAUAUCUGCGAGAAUUACCCACGACUGUACUGACUCGCGAACUUCAUAUCGAGUUUCUGCGUGUGCUUGAGCUCAAUGAAAGGCAAAGUAAGAUCGCGGCAUUUAAUUCACUUGUCCAUCGACUCCCAAGGCCAAACCUGGCUUUGCUGCGAGCAUUGGUUCAGUUUCUAAUAAUCAUCGUGAACAAUUCCGAUGUCAACAAAAUGACAGUCAGGAACGUCGGCAUAGUUUUUGCCCCAACGCUAAACAUUCCAGCCCCCGUGUUCUCGAUGUUCCUCACUGCCUUUGAGGGAAUUUUUGGCGACCUACCAGGCUCGAAUUCAGACACCAAGGAGCUUGCUGUAGAUAACUCUACAUCUCCAGAGAAUUUUCGUUUUGCACAAUGCCAGGUACUGGCAGAGAUGCCCACUCCUUCACAAACCCAAUCUGCCUUCCGCCAACAGACAGACUCUCAUGGCCGUGAUGAAUGGGGUUACGAACAGACCUCGAACAACUUCCUAGAAAGUAAUCAUCAGAAACAGGCGGCUCCGCCCACAACGAACAGGACGUUGGCUCCAAAUCUUGAAGCUUCGCGUUCCAUCAAAUCAAAGAGAAGGGAGAGCUCACUCCUUUUUAUGGAGGUAAACCAUAACUCCUCUGUUCCUUCUGCACGCGGUGACGACGGUGAGUAA